AAAAACGGGGGCGAUGCCAUCUUUGGCUGCGCUCUGCUCGGAAUCCCCUCCGCCCAAAGUGGUAUUCUCCCACGAACGACGAGGCAGCACCGGCCGCAGACCGUUGAACCGGCCAUGCGUGGCCGCCGCCGGCUGCUGCUGGGCGCGCUCGUUUUGUUGCUGCUGCUGCUGCUGCUGAUCGCGGCGGCCGCGCUCCUACGCUCGGACAAGGCCUCGGUCCGCGUUGACAACGACGGCGGGGCCGAGCAGCGACGCCGUCAGCGGCGUCUGCGCACCGCCUGCCGCGCCCAGGGAGACUCCGCCACGCUGGAGGACCUUCCGGCGGUCCGGCUCGACCACGUGUUGGUGGACGACCAGCACGGGCUGCUCUACUGCGCCGUGCCUAAGGUGGCCUCGACCAACUGGCGCCGGGUACUGCUAGCGCUCCGCUCGAGCCGCGCCGGCGACCCCGCGCGCAUCCCCGCCAACCGGAGCCACGAGCCGAGCGCAUUCCGCAGCCUGGCGCACCUGGGACGGCCCCAGCAGCGACGCCGGCUGGCCACACACCUCAAGUUCGUGUUCGCGCGGCACCCGCUCGAGCGGCUGCUCUCCGCCUACCGAAACAAGUUCGAGAGCGCCUGGAGCGACUACUUCCCGCGCCGCUACGGACGCCACAUCGUGCGGCAGCAACGCGGCGCCAACGCCUCUCGCCGGGCCCUGGACACCGGGCUGGGCGUCACCUUCGAGGAGUUUCUGCGUUACGUGGCCUCGCUGGAGCCCGGCGACUACGCGGGAGCCUUUAACGAGCACUGGCGCCCGCUGGCCGACCUCUGCUUCCCGUGCCAAGUGCGCUACGACGUGCUCGGCUCGUACGACACCCUGGAGCGUGACUCGCGGCUCGUGCUACGCCGCGCGGGCCUCGAGGGCCGCGUGGCGUUCCCCAGCCGCCGUACAACGUACUCAUCCAAGCCGACGGCGUCGCUGAUGCAGCGCUACUACGGCAACGUGAGCGAGCACCUGAUGGCUCGCCUGCGACACGUCUACCGCCGGGACAUGGCGCUGUUCACUUACGAGAGACGAUACCCGCACUUCGGCUGAACACACCUCUGUCUGUGGUGGUGGUAGCCUCGUUGCGACAACUCAAGAUUUUUCUUUAUUCGUGGUGCUGCUGCUCUUUAAAGCAUAGAACAACUGCCCCAAAGCAAUGUUUUACUGCAUUAUAUUCAGAGUUACAUGGUUUACAUUCACCAUUGUUAGUGCCCAUAAGACACAUUUCAUUCUGCUUGCUAAGUGUUUGCUCACCUCUCGUAAGUAUUAACAUUAAAUAUAACAUUUUAAACGACUGCAUUCUAAAGAAAUGGUCGAGUAAAAUGGGCGCCUUUUUGUUUCACGACAGUAAUCGACAUCCGGCUUGCUUGCGCCUCCUUUGUUGAAAGCUCAGCUCUGGCCACUUUCCUAUCAAGAAUGCCAUGUCACGCUCAUAACUCAUCUCGCCCGUGACCUGAGAGUGGCACGAUAAUGCAAAGAGCGAAAUGCAGGAUAGGUGCCGAUUAUUGUGGAGAAAGACGGCCUUUUUAUUCGAUAGUCUGUGAUGUCUCAAAUGGCAGACCAACGUAUGAAUUUACUUGAAAAUGCUGUAAGCCAUUGUAGCCGCAAGAGUGUGGAUACAGCACGUAACGGAAGUCGGAAAGAAUAACAGAAAAAAAAUAGAGCAAUGAAGACAAGCCAGUUUGUAACGUGUUUGUAACCAACCUGUGUUCUAAGAAAAUGCCCGAACAACAUUCGCAAUUCAUAAAAGGCUUUCAACACUGUC